UCAAACAAAGAUUCGGAAUCAGCGACACCGAACCGACGUUCGUCACAAACCAUGUCAGGCGAAUCGUCAUCAUACGGUUAUUCUCGUUCACUACAAGAUGAUUAUCGAAACUCAAAUGAUCAUCAAAGUCUAGGCUCGAUUUCGAUCACUCCAAUCGAUCACGCAACAACCAGAAAUCGAUCGAACAGUUCCGUAUCAAAUCCCGAUCUUUCAAUCCUCAAUCGGAGGCGAUUACUUACAAUCAAAAGGCCAAAACCAAUCGAUAUACCUCCUCCGUUCAAGCAAUUAUAA